AUGAAGGUACGCAAGGCUGAACACUUCAACCCCUACGCCAAACCAAACGUUAGCAUCGAGGUCAACAACACACCAGACAUGCAGCGUAUUCACAAGAUCGAGAGCCUGUACAAGCAUCGUAUGCAACCUGAAGGGCUCGACGAGCAUCUCUUGGUGACAGUUAUCUUGGAACCUAACACUGAAGAUAAGUUCAAGGAGAUGGAUCAGUACGACAGCGAGACGAAGGCAUUCAAGUUUUUCUGGGAUGUGCACGCAAACAGACCGGACUCGAAGAGCUGUUUCAAGCUACCAUCGGAGGUGAUUACGCACGGCACCUGUCUCAACUUCUUCACGAAAAAGCCUUGUCGGAAGGCAAUGUUUGUGCCAAGGCCAGAUCAUCCUGACAAUCCACGACGUGUCUUGUUCAAAGACUCAGACUUCAAGCCUGAUAAGACAUUAAAAUUUACUGGCACAAAGGGAGGGUGUUGUGUAUAA